CUCCACCAACCCCCUCCACCUCUACCACUACCAAACAACAAGUACACGGUCCGCCCUCCGAUCAGCAUAUCCACGCCCGCCCAUCCCACUUUGCGCUCUGCCCUCUCUUCAUCUACCAAAACUCUGCUGUACUUUUCUACUUCCUGCAACCUCGACCCUGGAUCCAUCGCCCCAACACCCGCCGCCGCUUCUCUAGCGAACGAGCCGCCUUCUCUCUCACCCCUGCAUCCCUCCAUCCCUCCAUUCAAUCCAUCAAUCCAUCCCGGGCUCCCCCCCUGUCAGUCCAUCUUGGCCUCUCAUAUCGCUCGCUCCCCUUCUUGUCCCUCCAUCUCCAUUUCCAUCUCCAUUUCCCAUUUCCUCUAUCCACGCAGCCAAGCUUUCUGUCGUCUUGCUUUCCUUUUCGUCCCAAUCCUCUACAACUCACGGUCCCAUCUUCAACAAUUCCUUCGACCUUGGCCUCAUCCUCGCCCUCCUCCUGCAGCGUCCGGUGUCGUCUCUCGUCUUUCGCAUAGCGAGCCUCUGACUUGUCAGUUCGACUCACGACUCGAACGAUAGCUCUCUCCUCUCUCUCCGACUCGAACCACUUGCCCUCACCACCGCUCUCUGCGCGCGCCGAAGUCGCACCCCCUCGUCCGCCAUUGCUCGUCGCAACCUGAAUUGGCCUGGCUGAGCCGGCCGCCAGGUCCAAUCUCUCCCCCCUCCCCUCGCGCUUCCCCCUUCGAUCUCGAUCAGCGACAGACCUCUCGCGACCCUCCACCAUGGUCAAGCUGCUGCCGCCCUCGUUCCAGCCCCGGCGGCCCUCGAGCUUCCUGCGCUACGCCGCCUUCGUCGUCUUCGUCGUCGCCCUCUUCUACUACUUCGACCCGAGAUACCCACGAGCAGCAUCGACACAGCUCCCCCCCUUGGACAAGCCCGAGCAGACGCCCCAGAGCCCUGGUCCCGUCGUCCCGCCCCCCGUCCACGCCGCCGACGGCGCCGAGAAGCCCAUCCCCCUCCCCGAGUCGACGCCGAUACCACCGCCCAAGUACGCCCCGGGGGAUUCAAAGUACAGCGACAACGACAGCAAUAAUGCUCCCCCCCCCUCCUCCUCGUCCAAAGAACACCCCAUCGACACCCUCAUCCGCGAUGCCGAUGACACAUUCCGCAACAUGCUGGCAAAGGAGUCCAAGACCCUGACCGCCGCCGCAAAGGCCUACCGCGACCGCCGCGGCCGCCACCCGCCCCCCGGCUUCGACGCCUGGUUCCAGUUCGCCCAGGACCGCCGCGCCGUCAUCGUCGAGGACUUCUUCGACCAGAUCUACCACGACCUGCAGCCCUUCUGGGGCGUCGAGCCCUCGCGCAUCCGCAAGGAGGCCGCCGAGUGGGAGAUGGUCAUCCAGGUCCGCAAGGGCCGCGCCACCCGCAUCAGCGAGUGGUUCUGGACUGUCCACUGGACCAACAUGCUCCAGACCAUCGAGCACCUGCUGCCGGACAUGGACAUCGCCCUGAAUCCCAUGGACGAGCCGCGCAUGGUCGUGCCUUACGAAGACAUGGAGCAGUACCUGCGCGAUGCCGCCCUGACCCACACCAUGCCCGAACCCAAAAACGUCAUGAACACAUUCCAGGCCCUGCCCAGCAACAAAAAGGAGCUUGACCGGAAUGUCAAGGUUCAGAGCAAGCACUGGGACAAAGUAACGAAACAAUUCUGGCUCAUCGCCCGCCGCGGCUGCCCCCCGGACAGCCCCGCCCGCCUGGCCAAGACGCAAACCACGUUCGACCGCCCACCGGCCAUCUCCAACAAGUACGCCAAGCCGCACAUGCGCGACGGCUACGUCUCCAACUACACCCUCUCGACCCAGCUAUGCCACCAGCCCGACCUGCAGGGCCUCAACGGCAUCUUCAUUGAGCCCCUCAGCACCUCGGCCACCCCCGUGCUGUUCCCCAUGUUCGGCGGCUCCAAGCUGGCCGUCAACAAUGAGAUCCUUCUGCCCGCCGCCAUGUACUGGACCGAGGAAGAGCGCUUCACCGGCGGCGGCCAACACGGCGGGCCCUGGGCAAAGAAGAAGGACGCAGUGCUUUGGCGUGGCGUCGCCACGGGCGGCCGCAACCGCGAAACCAACUGGCCCGGUUUCCAGCGGCACCGCUUCGUCGCCAUGAACAACGCCACCAAGAUCGCCGCCGCUGAGGAGGACAACGAGAGCGGCGGGGCGGCGGACACCGUCAUCAACUUUUCGCUGCCAGACAAGCUGUACAACAUCGCGGCGCAGGCCGUCGGCGGGCUCAGCGACUGGGUGCGGUCGUGGGCCAACGUCGGUUUCACGGACCUCAUGUGCGAGCCAGAGGGCGAGGCCGGUUUGUGCAACUACACAAGCCCUUACUACAACCUCACCGAAGGCGUCAAGCUUGCCAAGAUGUACGACGCGAAAUACCUGCCCGACAUCGACGGCAAUAGCUUCUCGGGCCGGUACCUCGCGUUCCUCGGCAGCACGAGCCUGCCGAUCAAGGCAACGCUGUGGCGCGAGUGGCAUGACAGCCGUCUCGUCGCGUGGAAACACUUCGUGCCGAUGGACAACCGCUUCGGCGACUACUACGGCAUCAUGGACUAUUUCCUGGGGUACGGCGACGAGAGGCCCGGCCACGACGCCGAGGCGGAGCGGAUCGCCGCGGACGGCAAGGAAUGGGCGGAGAAGGCGCUGCGCAAGGAGGACAUGCAGAUCUACACACUGCGGCUGCUGCUCGAGUACGCGCGCGUGACGGAUGAGAGGCGCGAGCGGAUGGGCUGGGUGGAUGAUUUGCUGGCGGCACAGACGUCGAGUUGAAGGGAACGAAGUAAUCAAGGCUUCCUAGGGGAGCAGCGAGAAAUCUCGGGACAAAUGCAAAAUAGGGGGCGAGGGCGUUAUUGGCGUUUCGCGGAGGCACGCGAGGGUUACUGUUUUUUUCUUCUCUUUCUCUAUGCAUGCGAACGUCGUCUGCGAACGUCGUCCACGGAUACCAUUGGGAGAAGGGGGGCCUCUCGGAAGAGGAAGGUAGAAUCAUCUUUAUCAUCAUCCAGCAUAUUGUACCGGUGUACAAACAACAAAAG